AUUCUGAUUGACGGUCUAUCUGAAUCGAAUCUGAUAUUCCGGCGGUUUUCCGUCAUAUUUCGGUAUGAGUAUGCCGAGUGAUGACAUGGUGUUGAUUCUGAAAGGGAAGAAGGUCGGUGAACCUUCUGUGAUCACCGUUAAUUGCCCAGAUAAGACCGGACUCGGAUGCGAUCUCUGCAGAAUCAUUCUCGAAUUCGGCCUUCGCAUAACAAAGGGAGAUGUCUCAACUGAUGGGAUUUGGUGUUACAUCGUAUUAUGGGUGUUUCCUCAUCCUGUCUCGCUCACUGUGAGUUGGGCAAGUUUGAAGAAUCGGCUUUUAUCUGUAUGCCCUUCAUAUGCGGUUUCAUUUUAUUUCAAUCAACAGUCAAGUUGCUGUACAAAUUCCCCAAUUUAUCUCUUGAAAUUCUGUUGCCUUGACCGGAAGGGUUUGCUACACGAUGUCACUGAGGUCCUAUGCGAGCUUGAGCUAAUUAUUCAGAGAGUAAAAGUGAUGACAACCCCUGAUGGCAGGGUCUUGGAUUUCUUUUUCAUAACAGAUAGCAUGGACCUUUUACAUACAAAAGAGAGGCAGGAUGACACAUGUAAACAGCUUCGUGCCGUUUUGGGAGAAUCAUGUAUCAUCUGUGAGCUUCAUUUGGCAGGGUUUGAAUAUCAAACUCAACUGGGGGUAUCUUCUCUUUCACCAGAGGCUGCUGAGGAAUUAUUUAGUUGUGAAUUAUCAGACAAGGAAAACCUUUCUCAAGCUCUUAGUCCAGAUUUGACAAAACUGAAGAAGGCUAAUGUCAUGAUAGACAAUUCCCUAAGCCCUGCUCAUACGUUGCUCCAAAUACACUGUGUUGAUCAAAAGGGCCUUCUUUAUGACAUUAUGAGAACUUUGAAGGACUGCAAGAUUCAGAUAGCAUAUGGAAGAUUCUCAUCAAACAACAAAGGUCUUCGGGUUGUGGACCUAUUUAUCCAGCAAACAGAUGGAAAAAAGAUUGUGGAUUUGGACAAGCAGAAUUAUCUGUGUCAACGUUUGAAGUUAGAGAUGCUUCACCCAUUGCGGGUGAUUAUCACCAACCGUGGGCCUGAUACUGAACUUUUGGUUGCUAACCCAGUAGAAUUAUCUGGAAAGGGAAGACCCCGUGUUUUCUACGAUGUUACACUUGCUCUGAAAGUGCUAGGGAUCUGCAUUUUCUCGGCUGAAAUUGGAAGGUAUUCUACAUCAGAUCACGAAUGGGAAGUCUAUAGAUUCCUUUUGGAUGAAAGCUGCGACUUUCAACUGUCAAGAAGUCAAGCUAGAAAUCUUAUUGUAGACAGAGUGAGAAGAACUUUGAUGGGAUGGUGAACUGACUUAACUUUGUGUUUGGUUGUUAGGUCCACAAUCACAGUUAACCUCUCCCUUACUUCUACUUGUAAGAAUUUGAAUUUAUGUGUACAGUUGCUCUUAUAUGAUAUCUACAUGGUUAUGUUUUGCUUUCUCACUUCUUUCUUUUUUUUUUUUUUUUUUUUUUUUUAAUUCCUGCAGUUCAAUGGGCUAAUAUUUCACUUAUUUAUGGGUAAUCCUGGUUAUUUUA